AUGUCCAGCAAAAUCAAGCGAGCGGGGGCCCAGGCGCGGCCUGGCAGGGGCGCGGCAUUGACGGAAGAGAAGGAGGACAAGGACGCUGCAGAGAUGGAGGCGUUGCUGCAGCAGAACAGGCUGCGCCAGGCGCAGGCGCAGCUGGAGGCCUCGCAUGAGGCCUACGGGCAGCUGUGCGAGGACCACCAGCGCCUGCAGGACCUGCGGCGGCACGAGGAGCGCGAGGGGUAUGAGCUGUCGGAGCUCUUCCGCCGCCAGAUGCUGGCCAAGAACGAGCAGCUGGCGGGCCUUCAGGCCGAAGCUGCUGCCGCCGUGCAGCGAUUACAGGAAGCGGAGGCCGCCGCUGCUCAGCACGAGGCGCAGCUGCAAGCAGAGUUUGAGGUCGAGCGGCAGCAGCUGGGAGCACAAGCGGCGGCGCUGCAGGCUCAGCUGGAUGAUUUGGCCCAGUAUCGGCAGGACAAGGAGGCGCUGGUGGCAGAGAUGCAGCGGCUGCGCCAGGACAAUGUGCACAUCGCGGAAGACAUGGGGGAGAAGGUGCGCACGCUGCAGCGCCGACUGUACGAGCUGGGGUACGGGCCCGAUGGGCUGGGCGAGGGCCCAGCUGCCGGUGGCGGCGGCGAGGAGGAGGAGGAUGGGGAUGUGUGCCUGGAAGCUGACCUGCACCGCCUGCUGGCACACAGCCGCAAGGUGGAGGAUGAGAUGAAGCACUAUGGUCAGGAGGCCGAGGAGCUUCAGAAGGAGAUGAAGGCGCUGGAGACGGAGCGGGCGGCGCUGCUGCGGGAUGUGAAGCUGAAGGAUGAAAUGGAGAAGCAGUAUGCCAAGCGCGGCACGCUGCAGGCUCGUGAGAUCAGGGACGCCCACUCCAAGAUUGGCACACUGGAGCGGGGGCUGGCCCAGAUGGCGGCGGACUUUGAGGUGGAGAAGGCGGCGCUGGAGCAGCAGCUGAGGGCGCAGCUGGCAGAUGCGGUGAACGAGCACAACGGGCUGCGCAGGCUGCUGCGGCUACGUACCCGUGAUCUGCGCCAGCUGCGCCACCUGGCUCAGGAGGUGCUGCUGCAGCGCUCUGAUGUGGAGGCCUUCCUGGUGUCCGGCAUACUGCAGGUGCGGGCAGAGAUUGCGGCAGCAGCGGCGAGGGGCUCGCCCCUCCAGCAGGCCACCCAGCCAGCAGCUGCCGGCGACAGCCCCAGCGCUGCUUCCUUGGCUCUGACUGGCGAGGCCAGCAACAGUGUUGCCAGUACCAAGGGCCUGGCAGCAGCAGGGAGCAGCGUGCUGGCACACACCACCACGACGCUUGCCGCUGCGGCAGGCAAAGUGGCGGGCCUGCCCUCGCCGCCAGCGCCCUUGUCGCCAGCAGCAGCAACAGCAGCAGCUGCAGGGGUCGUGCCUGAUGUCGUCAGGAGCCCCAGCCGCGCAGCAGCCACCAGCUGGACAGCCGGUGGUGGCAGCCCGACCAGCGCAGGCGCAUCGCAGGCAGCAGCCAGCCCAUCCAGCGCCGCGGGCCACGUGGAUGUCAAGGACUUGAGCUGGGAGGAUCGCGAGCGCAUCCUGCGCCUGCUGUUUGCAAAGAUCAACAAGGCAGCACAGCUGUUUGUGGAGAGCUUGGAUCUGACGGUGCAGCUGCAUCGUAUCUUUGUGAAUGAGAGCGGCCAGCGGCGGCCUGGUCUGACACGCCGUGACAAGCACCAGGUGCUGGACGAGGGCUAG